CGCAAAUUUUCUGUCAUUUUAUUCACACCAUUCUUCGCUUUUUGUUCGGCUUUUUUUUCCCAUUGUGUAUUUUUGGUUGUUGAAUUGAUUUGAUUGAAUUUUAUCGAUUUAGACGAUUUCGAAGAAAAGAAAAAAAAAUGAAUCGACCACAAUAUGUUAAUCAAAUGCCACCACCACCACUUCCAUCUACUGGACAGAUGAUUCCACCAAAUGUAGCCAUACAAGGACCACCUUUAUCGAAUCAUCAAAUGCCACCACAACCUAUACCCAAUUCGAUGCGACCUCCGCCACCACCAUCGGCAAAUUCAAUGAUGCCACCACGUCAAUAUCCACCUCCGCAUCAAGUACGUAUGGGUCAUCCAAUGGCUGGUGCUGGUCAAUAUCCACCACCACAAUCACCGAAUCGUCCACCAAUGGUUUCAAUGCCACAAUCUGGUCCACCACCGCCACCAUCACCUCAACAACAACAGCAACAAUCACCAAUGCAUGCCGGUGGUAAAAGAUCAGCUGUCGGUGCCAUGAUGAAUCCUGGAAUGAAACAAAUGUCUGGAGGUGGUAGUAUUGGACCACCAAAUACAAUCGCACCUGGUUCAAAUGCAUCGAUGCAUGGUCCAAUAGCCAAAAAGAAGAAAAAAAUUUCGGAUAAAAUUCUACCACAAAAAGUUCGUGAUCUUGUUCCAGAAUCACAAGCUUACAUGGAUUUGAUUGCAUUUGAACGUAAACUUGAUUUCACUAUCAUGCGUAAACGAAUGGAUAUACAAGAAGCAUUGAAAAAACCGAUCAAACAAAAAAGAAAAUUACGUAUAUUUGUUACGAAUACCUUUUAUCCAGGAAAAAAUGAUCCUGAAGGUAAUGAAGAACCAAUUGUACCAUCAUGGGAAUUACGAGUAGAAGGACGAUUAUUGGAUGAAAAACCUGAAAGUUCAUCAUCAAGUUCAUCAAAAACAUUGCAUAAACGAAAAUUUUCAACAUUUUUCAAAAGUUUAGUUAUAGAAUUGGAUAAAGAACUUUAUGGUCCAGAUAAUCAUCUUGUUGAAUGGCAUCGAUCAGUAAAUACAUCCGAAACGGAUGGUUUUCAAGUAAAACGUCCUGGUGAUCGUAAUGUACGUUGUACAAUUUUAUUUAUGCUUGACUAUCAGCCAAUGCAAUAUAAAUUGGAUCCAAGAUUAAGCCGUUUGUUAGGUAUUUAUGCUAAUACACGACCUGUUAUCAUACAAGCCUUUUGGCAAUAUGUUAAGAAAAAUCGUCUACAAGAUACACAUGAACGUGAAUUUAUUAAUUGCGAUCAAUAUUUGGAACAAAUAUUCAAUGCAAAACGUAUUAAAUUUGCUGAAUUUCCAAGCCGUUUAAGUCAUUUUCUACAGCCACCAGAUCCGAUUAUAAUUAAUCAUCAGAUACAGAUUGAAGGACAUUUGGAUUCAUUGAAAAAAGUUUCCUGUUAUGAUAUUGAAGUUGAAGUAGAUGAUCCAUUAAAAUCACAGAUGCAAAAUUUUCUAUUAUCCAUUGCAUCACAACAAGAAAUAUUGGCUUUAGAACAGAAAAAUCAUGAAACAGUUGAUUCAAUUAAUCAACAUAAAACAAGUAGAGAAUUUUAUCUUGGUUUUGCAUCCGAUCCACAACAAUUUAUACAUAAAUGGCUUAUUUCACAAGUACGUGAUCUUAAAGUUAUGACCGAUCAAAAUGGUAAUCCUGAAGAGGAAAGACUUUCAGAUUUUUUCUAUCAACCAUGGACACAAGAAGCUGUUUGUCGUUAUUUUUAUAGUAAAGUACAACAACGAAGAAUUGAAUUAGAACAAGCAUUAGGUAUUCGUAAUUAAAUUAUUUUAUUUUUAUUAUAAUAUGAUUUGACGACGACCAUCAUCAUCAGAAAAAAAAUUAUCAUCUGAUCUCUUUGAUUUCUGUUUUGAAUUCAUCAAUUUUUUUUUGUCAAGCUAUGCA